CACCCACAUACACACACAUGUAAACACACACACUCUGAACUCUCCACAGGAAGAAACCCUGAGCCAUAACGCAGAGGCACCUCGGAGCAGACUGACGCGUUGUGCAAACCAAGUGGGAUACUCCCUGACUUUGAUAGGCCGUUAAUUACUCAUGUGAUGUGAUACAGAUGUCUGGGGGCUUCAGCCGAAAGUUCGCCUGACGGUUUCCAAAGGGGGGAAGGCAGGCAUUUUAGAAGCGGUAGGUGAAAAACCAAAAAGCUGUGUAUAGCGGGAACCCUUUCUCCUUAUCUGUGAAUCAAAGUGUGGAAUGUGUUCUAUAAUGGGCUCCCCAGUCCGACAUGUGUUGGCGCUAAUACUCUGCAUGGCAGCCAGAGCGAUGUGUGAGACCAACACUACCGUGGACUCUCUCUCCGGCCUCCUCCACCACUCCAGCCUCCAUCCCCUGGGCUUCCACAGCACCAGUAGCCCCUUUCUGGAGCCCUUUCCCACCAGCCUCCAUCAGGAGCUACUGAGGGACAAAUCCGGAGCCCCAGCCUAUGGACCGCAUGUGAACUCCACAAAGAUGAGACCGCCUCGAUGCCAUAAAGAAACCUCCAUCAAGGACUACUUCAAGUACAUCAACACUGUCAUUUCCAUCAUUGUGUUUGUGGUGGGCAUCGUGGGCAAUGCCACCCUGCUAAGGAUUAUAUACCAGAAUAAGUGCAUGAGAAAUGGACCCAAUGCCCUCAUCGCCAGCCUGGCACUGGGUGACCUAAUCUACAUCACCAUCGACAUACCCAUCAAUGUGUACAAGCUACUGGUUUCACGAUUUCCUUUUGAUGAAAGUGACUUUGGGGUGUGCCUAUGCAAGCUGGUGCCAUUUCUGCAGAAGGCCUCUGUGGGCAUUACGGUCCUUAACCUCUGUGCCCUCAGCGUGGACAGGUACCGGGCGGUGGCAUCGUGGAGCAGGGUUCAGGGCGUAGGCGUUCCUCUACUGACCGCCAUUGAGAUCAUCUCCAUCUGGGUGCUGUCACUCAUCCUGGCCGUGCCUGAGGCCAUUGGCUUCAACAUGAUCACCUUCGAAUUCAACAAUAUGACCAUACGCACCUGCAUGCUCAAACCCGAGUCGGCGUUCAUUAGGUUCUAUAUGAAAAUAAAGGACUGGUGGCUGUUUGGGUUUUACUUCUGCGUUCCACUGACCUGCACCGCAUUGUUCUACACACUCAUGACGUGCGAGAUGCUGCACCGUAGGAAAGGCAGUCUGCGUAUCGCCCUCAGCGAGCACCUCAAACAGAGACGGGAAGUGGCCAAGGCAGUCUUCUGUCUAGUCCUGAUCUUCGCUCUAUGCUGGUUCCCACUACAUCUUAGCAGGAUUCUCAAAAAAAUGGUCUACCAACAGGAUGACAAGGACCGGUGUGAACUGCUCAAUUUCUUACUGGUCCUGGAUUACCUCAGCAUCAACCUUGCCACAGUCAACUCCUGUAUAAACCCCAUCAUCCUCUACUUUGUCAGCAAAAAGUUCAAGAACUGCUUCAAGUCCUGCUUGUGUUGCUGGUGUCACUCGGAGAACCAGGUCACCAGCACAGGACACAUGAAUGGAACCAGCAUCCAGUGUAAGAGCCCAGAGCCCAACAACCUCCACACUGACCGUAGCCUUCGAAAAGACAGCGACUAACUGACUAACAUAGUGACUAUGGCAUCAGAUCUCCACAUGGACAGUGGUCCUACAACUGACCCCUGAGGCACUCCAUAUCUAAAAGGGUCAGAAGAGUCACCCCGGAGGCACUCCACA